CGAAGCUUAGAAUUAGAUCACAAGUGCAGGAAAAUACCAAGAAAACUUCAUUGAGAGCUGUAGUUUCAACAUAGGUAUGCCAUAAACACUUCACUCCCACCUUAUCUCUGUAAUCUCAUUUUCCUCAUACUAACCUGCUGAAUACAAAAAAGAAACCAGUGAGAGUUUACUUGGUAAUGGGGUCAUCACAGUCUAGCAAUCAUGACAAAGAUGAAAACCUUACAGCAAUUCUCACACUUUUGUUCAUGGUGUUUACUCUGCUCUGGUACUACUGGAUUUGGAAGAAACCGAGCAGAAACCCUACACCUCCAUUGCCACCAGGACCUCGUGGCCUGCCGCUACUCGGAUACCUUCCAUUUCUUGGUGCAGAUCUUCACGUAGAAUUCACAGACAUGGCAAAGGUUUAUGGCCCAAUUUACAAACUCCAACUUGGCACCAAGUUGUGCAUUGUGGUCAGCUCACCUGAGCUAGUGAAACAAGUGGUUCGUGACUAUGACACAACAUUUGCAAACCGUGAUCCUACAAUUGCUGCUCUGAUUGCCUCAAAUGGAGGAACCGACAUCGCGUUUGGAUCCUACGGUCCAUAUUGGAGGAAGCUGCGCAAGAUGUUUGCGAGUCAGAUGCUAAGCAAAACCAAUCUUGAUGAUUGUUAUGCUCUGAGAAAAGAGGAGAUGCACAAGUCGAUCGGUCAGGUUUAUCAUGACAAAAUUGGAACCCCAACUGACUUGGCCCAGUUUGCAUUUUCCACAUCAAUCAACACAACCAUGCGUAUGCUAUGGGGUGCCACUCUACAAGGAGAGAAGGGGGGUGACUUUGGGGAAGAGUAUAGAAAAGUUGCGGCAGAAAUGAUAGACCUACUCGCAAAACCAAACAUCUCGGACUACUUUCCUGCGCUUGCAAGGUUUGACAUACAAGGAAUAGAGAGGCAAGCAAAGAAAGUUCAAUCCAAGAUUGACAAGAUUCUAACUUGUGCCAUAGAAGAAAAGAUGAAGAAGCUGGCCUCAGCUGAGAACAAUAACAGGAAGGACUUUCUGCAGUUCCUCUUGGAGAACACUAACACUCCUGAAGAUGGUUCACUAUCCCUUACGGUGCAACAACUGAAGGGCACGCUCACGGAUAUUGUGGUGGGUGGAACUGACACUACGGCAACAGUAGUGGAAUGGGUUCUGGCUGAGCUGAUGCAGCACCCAGAAGAAAUGAUAAAAGUUCAAGAAGAACUAACACAAAUUGUGGGGUUGAACAACUUGGUUGAAGAGUUUCAUUUGCCUGACUUACAUCACUUAGAUGCUGUGAUCAAGGAGACGUUUCGCUUGCACCCUGUACUCCCCCUUUUAGUGCCCCGGUGUCCAACCCAAUCUACCACCAUUGGUGGCUAUUACAUACCAAAAGGUUCCACUGUUUUUCUGAAUGCUUGGGCCAUACAGAGAGAUCCAAGUGUUUGGGAAGCUCCCUUGGAAUUUAGACCCCAGAGAUUCCUAAAUCCUAGCAAUAAGUUUGAUUACUUGGGUAAUAAGUUUCAGUUUCUUCCAUUUGGUUCAGGGAGAAGAAUUUGUCCUGGGAUUUCCUUAGCAGAGAGGAUGCUAAUCUAUGUAUUGGCUUCAUUCUUGCAUUCGUUCGAUUGGAAAUUGCCUAAUGACGAAAAGCUUGACCUCUCAGACAAAUUUGGACUUGUGACAAGGAAGAAGACUCCACUUACUGCUGUACCAACAGCCAGGUUAUCCAAUUUGGAGCUCUAUGCUUAAAAGCAUUCGCCUAAGUGCGAAUUUUAAACAUGCAGCAAGCACUUAUCUUAGCUAUAGGAGUUUCUGCUCCAACUGUUCCCUAAUUCUUAAUUCUACUGUGCUUCUAUAUAUAUGUUGUAACGAAAACAGUGCACCCGGUGCGCCGCUCACCCAUCCAUCUCCGCCGUCCAUUUUGAAAAAGUCAAAAAUCCGCGUCAAAUGGACGGCGGAGAUGGACGAGUGCGCUGAAUAUGCUCUCAUGUUGUAAGAAUAAAUGGAGAAAGUAGGAUAAUAAACAUAUUUUCUGGUUUCUCUAUGCUUGGCUAUAUAUGUUUCUGACUUUCUGCUCCAACCAACUGCAGUACAUAUUCUUAUGUGGUUAAGCAAUUGCAGAAUGGCUACAACUACAGGUAACAUGACUAAAACUAUGAGUGUUCGACCCAGUGAAAAGAAA